AAUAAUUUAUAAAAAUCUAGUUCCUAUAUAAUUUAAAAAUUGUAGGCGUCAAUUGAAACUUUGAAAGAAGAAAGUGACUCGGCGUUUUGAAUGCUACGGGGUAAGAGGUUAAAAAAAGCUAAGCCCGAAUAUCUAAAGGUUGGGUUUGGGCAGGGGGCAAAUCUCUUCUUCUGCGAGUAUUGUAAUUAUGCACGUUAUAAUUUCUUGUGAAAUAGUCACUCAAAUAUUUAGGUACUAGAUUAUUUAGACAUUUAUAUACUAAAGUACAUUUAUGUCUUUUUCGCUUUGUUUCUAGCUCAACUCACCCUAAAACAUUAAAAGUGUCUCAGUUGGAAGAGUCACGCCUUAAAACCAUGCGGGCAGCGCGAUUUUGUAACCGUUGUAAAAUUUUGCUGGAGGUGGCUAACAAUUCACCCCACAAGGUGUCCGUAUAACACAGGAUUGGAUCUAUAAGUGUAUGGUGGACACACUUCGCUGCUUUAAGAGUAAGGCAAGAUCUUAUUCGUGCUAAAAUUUCCACUCGCUUUAGUUCUGAUCUUCUGCUGCUUCCGUCCUCUGCUUAAAAAAUAAUAAUUCCGUCCAAAAUAUUCGCUCGUAUAAACUAACUAGAAUGGAUGUUGUAACAGCUCUGACUUCCAAUUGGAUUCAGGCUUGUUAUUUGUUUGUAUUGACAUGAACCGUAACCAAUAACACUGGAGUUCUCGAUUUGUCCACAUUAGUUGAUUUGGAACAAGCUAAAGGUCAAGCUAAACUUUGGCUCAUUGCACAGAACGCAGCAGAAACUGUCAAGGUGAGCUUGUUUGAAAGUCAAAUGUUGUAUUUUAAAAGAACAGGAACUGUUGACGUCAAUGCUAUAAAUUAAAACCUCAAAAGGGCGUGGCUGGUUGCCGUAACAACCAUUUUACGUAAAACUUUUAAAAUUUAUUUUCUCUUCAUAAAUGCAAUCGCGCAUUGUUUAUCAUUCUUCGCCAUAUUUAAACAAACGUUUUGGUCCCUUUUCGCCUAUUGGGCCACCUUAAUUUAUCUUGAAACAGAAACUGCUUUAAAACUUUAAGUGCCACCGUUGUAGUCAUCUUUGGGUUUAAGAUCUUUUAAGUAUGAUAUUUCAUUGCAGGAAAAAACGUCAGUCUUCCACUUGCCGAUAAGUGUUACGUUUCUCCAAUGUCUCGAUUGUAGCUGGGUAGUGACAGCUGUUCGUUUAGCUGUUUUUCAGUUAAAACAAAGGAAAUUUGGAAAAUUUUCCAAGGAGUGUUAAAAGUUGGUGAUAUAAACGAGGAUGAAACAGUUAAAAUCGGUCCCGGAUCCUAAAUUAACUAUUUUAAAUAGACCGGCAGAACAAGAAAACUCAACACACGCGAGAUGGUAAGCUCGGCCUCCGUGAUAGUGCAAAACGUAUGGUUUAAAAAUCAUUGCGGAGUAUUCUUUGGGAGAGGGAAGGCAUCCUUCUGGGCGAGUGAAAAUUACAGCGGGCGAAUGCAUUUUGAGAGUCACUCGACCUAAUGGCGAGCGCUGUCAAACUUUAGUUUCAAACACCGUAUAUACGCUCAAUGUUUCUGAUCUUUCGCUGCUUCCGCCUUUUGCCUACUUAUCCCUUUUUUUAAGAUGAUUAUUCCGUUCAAAAUAUUCGCAGGUAUAAACUAUCCAGAAUGGAUGGUGCAACAGCAUUUACUUGCUGAAACUUUUAAUCAGAUUCAGGCUUGUUUAUAUUCAUGGCAUAAUUUCAAUAAAACUUGACAGCAACCUCGUCCACUAACUGGAGCUUUCCAUUUGUGCGAUAUAACUUGCUUUAGAGCAAGACGGGGGCGCCACGUCAAACGGUAAAAGACAAUCCAAACUAAUCGAGCAAAUAUUGCAGGCCUAUCCGUUGUGAUAUGCUAUCAAUAACCUACUAGAAUGACAGAUUAAUGUAAUUUCAAAGUUGCACUGAUAAUGUUAUGCAGAAGAUAUGACGUUUUAAGUUCCGCUGUCUCGUGAAAAGACAAAAGUUAGAUCAACGUUAAGACUUGGCGCCAUUCAGAAAAAAAACAUUUUUACUUCCUUACAUUGUUUUGCAGUUGAAGGACUGAACAAACUCCUGAACUGAGACAACCAAUUCAAGGUGAGAAAGGAUAGAAAAAUACUAUAAAAGACAAUCCAAACUAAUCGAGCAAAUAUUGCAGGCCUAUCCGUUGUGAUAUGCUAUCAAUAACCUACUAGAAUGACAGAUCGAUGUAAUUUCAAAGUUGCACUGAUAAUGUUAUUCAGAAGAUAUGAUAUGUUUAUCAUUCUGGACAAACACACAGACGGACAGACGGAUGGACGAACUGACGGACGGACGGACGAACGGACGCAUAAACGAAUGUACCAACGAAAAAACUUUUUGUUUUUGCAAGUUUAUGCACCGAGCCUGCUGAACUGACUAUAUUGACGGGCACGCUCGAUAACGUCUCAGAAAAAUAUGCCCGGUCAAUAAGAAGGAUAUUCUCUGAUAAAAUGUCCAAGAAACGACCAAAAGAACGAACAAACAAACGAUCAAAUGGACGAACGAAAAAACGGAUGCACCAACGGACAAACCAUCGAAUUCAAAACUUAACUACCCGUAAAUGAGAGCAAUUAUACUCCAUAAAAAUUAUAACCAAUUUAGUGACAAAUUUGCGUGCAACUCGGUAAUAAUGAAAAUGUUUGCUUUUUAGCAGGAAUGGUGUCACAAGUAGAAAACAUCAUAUUUACCGUUAUGUACAUCAUAACGAUGCUGGUAUCAUUGGUCGGGAACAUUCUUCUACUCUACAUCGUGUGGAAGAAACCUGACGUAAGAUCAAUGACCAGCUUCAUGUUCGUCAACAUGGCCGUUGCGGAUUUACUGGUCACCUUGGUUGUGAUCCCUUACACCGUGUCCGAUUCCUACACUCACGGUGUGUGGCCGAUGACUGGUCUUAUUGGACAAAUCACGUGUAAAGCAGUAAUAUACGCCGCUUUCUUCACAAUAACCACGUCCAUUCUUUGCCUGACAUUUAUGGCGGUUGACAGAUUUUAUGCAGUGGUUUAUCCAUUCCGACGCCUUCUUUGGUUCCGAAAACCCAUAGUCCUCACACCAGUCGUCUGGCUCUUGUCAAUGGCGUUGAUGUCUAUCGUUCCGGUUUUUAUAGUUUUGCAAUGGUAUCCUGAAAACUCGGAAUAUAUGUGCAUAGCCAAGUUUUCCAUUUUGGGAGAAACAUCGAAAGUCAUUCGCGGAGUUUUCAUUUACUUUUUCGUCAUCAACUAUUUGCUGCCUGUAAGUAUCAUUUCCGUCCUCUACACCAUUACUGCUCGUAAGUUGUGGUUCCAUGAGGCACCAGGAGAAGGCUUGAACCAAAAUCGGCAACGACAGCAGCAGACCAAGAGAAAGGUUGUCCGAAUGCUCAUCAUCGUUUUCACAGCGUUUGCUCUCUGUUGGCUUCCCGGGCAGGUGUCUCAGCUGUACUUAGCAGUAACAGCCAAACAUUUACCACUUGUCCAGACAGUCUGCUAUUGGUUUGGCUACAACAACAGCGCCAUUAACCCAUGGUUGUGCAUUAGCUUGAACAGGAAGAUGUACAAUGCAUUUUCUCGAAUGACCGGCAAUAAAUUACAAUUGGCAAAAGGUAGCUUGAAAAAGGACGAAGAUGAGAUGACACCCAGACUGACAAACGAGUCGCAAGAGUCACGGUUGUAAAAUAAAAAGGCCUGCGGAAGAAGUCUCACGGUUAUUCAGUUGUUUAAUGAAAUCCUCUCAUAAUGCCCCAUUCACACCAACUAAACUAGUUCAACUAAAUCAGGUUUGGUUUUCUCCAAUUUGUCAAUUUCGCUUUGUAGUCAUUUUGAGAAGAGAAAUUUCAAAACCAUCUUACUCAGAUAUUUUAAUCAAACAGGUUUUUGCCUUGUUUAGUUGUGGGGUUUGCACAGCAUAAGCAACUAGUUUUUAAAAAGUUAAACCACUUUUAAACAUGUUUAACAUGUUGGCGAGAACGGGAUAUAAUUAGUGAGCGUUAUCCUGAAAGGAACUGCUUAAACAUCAUCUGAGGAAUCAGUUUCAAAAUCGAUUGAAAACUCAUUCUAAUUGGCAAUUUUACUAGUAAUUUGCUGUAGUGUAAUUGCUCACUUAAAGGCUGAACUUAACACCUCUUAACGACCAUUGACACCAGUUAGUUACUGGAUACUCUAUUAUGCUUAUUAAACUGAUUAACAUUGACGCCUUUAUAAACAGCUUUUCACUUGUCAAAGUGUCCAGCUGUAGGGCUCUUGUUUACAGUCUGUAUAUAUUUUCGUGGCUUGUUGGCUAUGACAUUCUGUAGGUAAAAUGGUUGUGGAUGAUUUUUGGUAAACAGUGGAACAUUUUCAUUCCUAUAAUCUACCUGUUGUUUCAUGCUAGCAAGGUAUUCUGUGCCAGUUGCCAAUUGUUGGAUGUUAUAAACAAAAGUGAACAUAAACAAGACUUUGGCCCAUUUGUUGAAAAAACUGCGCCCCCUUGCAAAUCUUCAGGUUACAACAUUUGUUUUCUUAUUUCAGUGUCCCCAAUUAUUGCAGUAGUGUUAAACACUUCGACACUUAAAAAAUGUGAUUUAUUUAUUUUUAUUUAUUUAGUUGACAUAUCAUAUCAGCUUUGUAGUUACCAAGACAGCAGGAAAAAUCUGUCAUGUUAAGAGGUUACUAGUUACAUUACUUACAUUUUAAUAAAGAAUGUUGUCAUGCGUGUAUACAUUUGCGCCAUUUCUCUUAAACAGGAGCAACUGCAUCUAUCGCCUUUGCUUCUGUGUGUUGUUUCCAGCAACGCAUCCAGCAAU